AUGGCAACCAAUAAAUCGAACGAGGACAGAGAUGUCCAUCCGCAUGACAACCCUCCUAUUUCUUUCACGGAAAAACUCAGAUGUUCUUUCCCUGCCACUGGUGGUUUCCUCUUCGGUUACGAUGCUGGUUACAUCAACGGCUGCCUUGGGAUGGAUUACUUCAAAUUGGCUUAUGGCGAGCCCUCAACUGAUCCGUUGGGCUACAUGGGCUAUAUGUAUCCUACCUGGGGCAAAUCUGUCAUAGUUUCCUUACUCUCCGUCGGCACGUUCCUCGGUGCCCUUGUCUCUGGCUACUCGUCUGACAGAUGGGGCCGUCGUAACACUAUCCUCAUCGGUUGCGCUAUCUACUGUGCCGGUGUCGUCCUCCAAGUCGCUUAUCCGGUUAUUGGUAUGCUGGCUGCUGGUCGUGCUAUCGCUGGUUUUGGUAUCGGUUUUGUGUCUGCCAAUAUCAUUGCCUUCCAAACGGAGAUUUGCCCCCAGAAGAUCCGAGGUGCCUGUAUUAGUGUCUAUCAAUUUGGUAUUACAAUCGGUCUUCUCAUCGCUUCGGGAGUCAAUCAAGGUACCAAAGAUAUCCGAAGUAACGCCUCAUUUCAAAUUCCUAUCGGAUUGCAGUUUGUCUUUGCAGCUUUCCUUUUUGUCGGCUUGAUUCUUAUUCUCCCUGAAUCCCCAAGAUGGUAUCUCUCCAAGGGAAGAGAGGAACAGGCCAAGGCAGCUUUGAAGAGAUUGCGUGGACGCGCUGAUGGCAAUGUAUAUCUUGAAAGAGAAUAUGCGGUUAUGAUUGAGGAUACUAGGAUCGAGCGUGCAAAUGGUAACGGUGCAUGGAAAGACCUCUUUGCCGGGGGUUUCCAUCGCGGAAGCAAUCUUUAUAGAACCUUCAUCGGUACAAUGGUACAAAUGAUGCAACAACUAACUGGUGUCAAUUUCAUCUUCUACUAUGGCACAACGUAUUUCGCACAAGUUGGACUAACCAGUGUCUUCCUAUUGGCUACAAUUACAAACGUUGUAAACGUUCUCUCAACCCCCAUCUCUUUCUGGACCAUUGAAAGAUUUGGCAGACGUCCGCUUCUCAUCUAUGGCGGCAUCUUCAUGUCUCUCUGCGAAUUUAUCAUCGCCAUUGUCGGCACUGUGCUCACCGAUAACAAAGCCGCUCAAUGGGUCCUUUUUGUCUUCGUCUUAGUCCACAUCUUCUUCUUUGCCAGCACUUGGGGUCCUACCGCCUGGGCGGUAUCUGGCGAGAUGUUUCCAUUGGCUCUUCGCGGUCGUGGAGUCGCUCUCAGUACCGCCUCGAAUUGGUUUUGGAACUUCAUCAUCGCAUUCGUCACCCCAUAUUUGGUAGGCGAAGAAAAUGCGAAUUUGAAGGCUAAGGUAUUUUUCAUUUUCGGGGCUACCGGUUUCCUAUCUGCUUUGUUCGCUUAUGUCUUUAUCUAUGAAACUAAGGGUCAGUCUUUGGAAUCAAUUGAUCGUAUGUGUGCGGAUCCUCGCGCCAGAGACCCAAGACAUAGUCCGGAGUGGACAAAGAAUGGCAAUGGUGUUAUGAGUGCUGAGUCUACUGGAGCGGGUGUUGAGGCUGGACAAGGAGUCUUGAGUCAGAGGACUCAGAGUAAGCAAGAGGAAGCGGUUCAUCUGGUUGAGAAAGAGAAUACCGCUAGUCGCUAA